AUGUUCCUAAGAACCGAGGAGCCGGCGGUCGUCCUGGAUCCUCCCGUUGGCACGAGUCCUCUGCAGGCUGGUGGAGUCAAGGACCAGGCCGCCGUCGUCCCCGGGUGGGUCGGCCAGAACCCGUGUACCGUUUACAGGACGGUGCUUCUUCAAGCGGAGGAUCAGGCAGCUGUGGUGGACGGCCAAACGGAGCCCGCUCCUUUCCAGCAAGUGAUCAUUAAGACUUCUGAGGUCUCCCCCACCUUCUACCUGGAUCCUCAGAUUUCUUCGCUGGACCCAUCCGCCUUCCAUUUGGUCCCUGAGCCUCAGUACGUCACCUUCCCUUACGGGAAUUCCUUGCCUCUGGACCACAGCGAGGCCACCGAGGAAGGAGAAAAGGCUUGGGAGUCGCAGGCGGGCAGCUUCUGUUUACCCAGUUUGUACCAGGCAAGCAAGCAGCAGCCCUCUCCCGUGGCAUCCGCCAGUCCCAAAAGCCCCGUGGUGGUGCGGCUGCUGCCCUGCCCUGCAGGGGACCGUCCCGAGGUCUUGGAUCUGGAGUACGACACCGGAGGUGGCAUCCCGGUGGCCUCGGAGCCCUGGGAUGCCAGCUUGCAGGCAGGGCAAGAGACCCCCAGUCCCAAGGGGUCGUCAGACGAUGCCUUCAUCGUGGUGGAGAUGGAGAGCGAGACGGGCCAGCAAGGCAUGGUGGUGAGCGAGCACCACCAACGCCCCCGGCCACGGACCUUCCGGCGAGGCAGAAAGCUGCCCCCUCACAGCAGCAGCAGCAGCAGCAUCUGGCGCUUUAAGUGCCCGGACUGCGGGGUCUGCUACAGCCAGCUCUCCCAGCUGCGCUCGCACCAGAAGGGGCGGAAACGCCGGGGGCGGAGCUUCCUGUGCGAAUGCGGCUCUUCCUUCCGGGGCCUGCUCCACCUGCUGCGCCACCAGCUCCAGCACCUGGAGGAAGCCCUCUUUAUUUGCUCCACCUGCGGGAAGUCGCUCCAAGGACACGCCGGCUUGCAAAGGCACAACAGCUGCAAUCCCGGCCUGGCUCAUUUCAGCUGCCCUUGCGGCGUCCACUUCCGACGCUUGUCCCGUUACCUCUGGCAUCACGUCAGAAGCCAGCGGCCCGGCUUGCGGGUGUACACGCUGGCUGGGUUCCUCUCCUCCUCCUGA